AGCCCUCUUGGUAGAGCCCAAGCAGCCAAGAACAAAGGAAACAAAUAUUUUAAAGCAGGAAAAUAUGAGCUAGCUAUUCAGUGUUAUACUGAGGCUAUCAGCCUGUGCCCCCCUGAGAAAAACCUUGAUCUUUCUACCUUCUAUCAAAAUAGAGCUGCUGCCUAUGAACAACUGCAAAAAUGGACAGAAGUGGCACAAGACUGCACAAAAGCUGUUGAGCUUAAUCCUAAAUAUGUAAAAGCUCUCUUCAGACGUGCAAAGGCUCACGAGAAGCUAGACAAUAAGAAGGAAUGUUUAGAAGAUGUCACUGCAGUCUGCAUUUUAGAAGCCUUCCAAAACCAGCAAAGUAUGUUAUUAGCUGAUAAAGUUCUUAAACUCCUUGGAAAAGAAAAGGCCAAAGAGAAAUACAAGAAUCGUGAGCCUCUGAUGCCCUCACCACAGUUCAUUAAAUCCUACUUCAGUUCUUUCACAGACGAUAUCAUCUCCCAACCUUUGCUUAAGGGGGAGAAAUCAGAUGAAGAUAAAGACAAGGAGGGAGAGGCUUCUGAAGUAAAAGAAAACUCUGGCUAUUUGAGAGCAAAACAAUAUAUGGAAGAAGAGAACUAUGACAAAAUUAUUAGUGAAAGCACAAAAGAGAUUGAAGCAAAGGGAAAAUACAUGGCAGAAGCUUUGCUUCUGCGAGCUACUUUCUACUUACUUAUUGGCAAUGCAAAUGCUGCCAAACCAGACCUGGAUCAGGUCAUCAGCAUGGAAGAUGCAAAUGUGAAGCUCCGAGCUAAUGCCCUGAUCAAACGAGGCAGUAUGUACAUGCAGCAGCAGCAGCCUGUGCUGUCCACUCAAGACUUUAACAUGGCUGCUGAUAUUGAUCCUCAGAAUGCAGAUGUUUACCACCAUCGAGGACAACUGAAAAUCCUGCUUGACCAAAUUGAAGAGGCUGUGGAAGACUUUGAUGAAUGUAUCCGAUUGCGACCCGAUUCUGCCUUGGCUCAGGCACAGAAAUGUUUUGCUCUGUAUCGCCAGGCUUAUACAGGAAGUAAUGCUUUGCCUGUGCAAGCAGCCAUGAAAGGCUUUGAAGAUGUCAUUAAAAAAUUUCCAAAGUGUGCUGAAGGCUAUGCACUCUAUGCUCAGGCACUAACUGAUCAACAGCAGUUUGGCAAGGCUGAUGAAAUGUAUGAUAAAUGCAUUGACCUUGAGCCAGACAAUGCCACGACAUAUGUUCAUAAAGGUUUACUUCAGCUCCAGUGGAAGCAAGAUUUAGACAAAGGCUUAGAACUCAUAAGCAAGGCCAUUGAAAUCGAUAACAAAUGUGACUUUGCAUAUGAAACCAUGGGAACGAUUGAAGUGCAAAGAGGUAAUCUGGAUAAAGCCAUUGAAAUGUUCAACAAAGCUAUCAACCUGGCCAAAUCAGAAAUGGAGAUGGCCCACCUCUACUCCCUCUGUGAUGCUGCCUAUGCCCAGACAGAAGUUGCAAAGAAGUAUGGAUUGAAACCACCAACGCUGUAAAGAAACAAGGAGGAAAUGACCUUCUCAAGUGAAGUUGCCCACUUCAGCCAGCCCUAGAGACGCUGUUGCAGACCAUGCUGAAUGGUGGAACUUAGUUUUUUCCCGUUCGUGGUGUUGUCAUUUGCUACAUCUGUUAAAUGUUUAGGUGUUGUGGGAGUGGUUGUUCAAGGAAGUAUGCAGUGCUGCAUCUUGUUCUUUCUGCAGCAAAAACCUUAAAGCGUGUUAAGGGAAAUAAUGUUGCAGGGGAACAAAAGGAGGAUAUUUUGGCCAUGCAAAUAAAAACUUCACACUG